UGUUUGUUUGGCUCCACACUAAAAGUAAAAAAAAAUUAUUUAUAUUGAUGAUUAGACAUUGUUUAACAUGGAUUAGCAAUGUAGAGGUAACACUGAUCACUUUAAGUGUUUUGGUUUGUAUAAAUUAAUUUUGGUGUUGAUGCAAACUGUGAUCUUUCCAUGUGUUCCCUGUCUCCAUGUGCUUUCUAAUGAGGUGUAUUUUGAUUAAGUCUGGGAUCAAAAGCACAACUUAAUAUUUCUCUUCACUGUUAUGCUCUGUGUGCAGGUAAUCUAUUUUACAUCUAAAAAUGUAUUCUUUUUAUUUAGUUAUUUUAUGUCAUGUUGUUAACUUGUUGUUAAAUACAAACUAUGGGAUGUUAAACAAAUCUCUCUAAAAAUAUUUCUUUCUUUAAUUCAUGUUUAAUGUUUUUGAGAUGUUUUCAAUGCUGAUAAAUGUUUACUAACAUUAAAUGCAGCAGAGCUAGAGAGAAAUGCUGUGGGUCUGGGAUCAAAAGCCCAACUUAAUAUUUCUCUUUUCACUGCUAUGCUCUGUGUGCAGAAAGUACAAGAAAUGAAAUAGACAUCAUCCAUGUCCAGAGAUUCACACCCAUAGAGUGAAAGUGAUUGAGACCUUCAGUGAAGCUCCUCCUACAACAAUCCACCAAUAAAUGCUGGAGUCAAACACACAGAGAAAUCACUCCAUGUGUGACAACUGAAAUCUUCAUGACAUAAUGUUGAUGCUGGUGAAAGAGGAGCUUGAGAAGAUGACAGAUCCACAACCAUGCAGAAUAAAGGAUGAAGAUACUGAGGAACAAAUAGAUAUGAUGGAAGUGAAAGAGGAGAGUCAAGCUGAAGUGGAUGAGAAACAUCAGAUUGUAAAAAUAAACCAUAAUGUUUCACAGAAAGAAACUCUGAAGACAGAAGACAUAAAGUGUGAAAAUAGUUUCAGUGAAGAUGAACGCCCUGCAGAUCACAAGAGGACUCACAUUGAGGAGAAACCUUUCACAUGUCCUCAGUGUGAAAAGAGUUUUAGAUAUAAAAGUAAACUUGAGGCUCAUGUGAGGAUUCACACUGGCAAGAAAGCAUUCAAGUGCCACCAGUGUGGAAAGACUUUCACCUUUCAUUCAGGCCUUUACCGGCACAAGAAAGUUCACAGGGGAGAAAAGCCACACGCGUGCCAGCAUUGUGACAAGAGUUUCCCAUUUACAAGUGAACUUAAGAUACACAUGAGAUCUCACACUGGAGAGAAAGCACAUGUGUGCCAUCAGUGUGGAAAGAGUUUUGCAAGUGUAAGUGUCCUUAACAGACAUUUGAGGAUUCAUACCGGAGAGAAACCUUUCACAUGUCAACAGUGUGGAAAGAGUUUCAGAACAAAAGGUCACCUUAAAGUACACAUGAGGAUUCACACUGAAGAGAAACCACACGUGUGCCAUCAGUGUGAAAAGAGUUUUAUAACUGCAUGUGAACUUAAGAGACACAUGAGGACUCACACUGGAGAGAAACCUUACACUUGUCAACAAUGUGGAAAAAGUUUCUCUCUUGAAAGUACCCUUAAGAUACAUGAAAGAAUUCACACUGGAGAGAAACCUUACACAUGCCAUGAAUGUACAAAGAGUUUUCAAACAAAAUCUAACCUUAAGUCACACAUGAGAAUCCACACUCGAUAGAAACCAUUCAUGUGUCAACAGUGUGGAUAUGGCAACACAGUUUAGAAAUCAGCUGAGGUCUUAUUAAUAAAACUGUCUGGAGGAUCCUUACUAAAAGUCUACAUGCGCACAAAAGGCCAAAAUAUCAGGGGCCCGUUUCAAUAAGGAGGUUCAACAAACUCUGAGUUUAAACUUGAACUUCUGAAAUUAUGAGUUUUCGGUUACAGAAUCGCUGAUCUGAGUUAGUUCAAUCGAGUCUGAGUAGGUUAACUCUGAGUUAAGCGCGUGCAUAACCACAAUGAAAAGCCAUCAUCAAUGGAUCUCAGAUAUUAUGAUUUACCAUAGCAACAGCACGUGACAAAGAGGUCUUAAUCAUUUUUACUACUAAAACUGAAAGUGUUACUGCAAGUGUAAUGCAACUACGAGCUAUAUUUUAAAGAAAGUAGUUGUUAUUGGAAAUUGCUACUCUAGAAAAUGCGUACAUUUAAUUUUUCAUCACAGUUAAAAUAUCAGAAAUAAAUAAACCGAGGACUGUACGUUAUUAUAUUCAUUUUCAUGCAGAUGUAAUCCCAUGGACAAAAAGAUGACAGUAGCUCAGCUAAAAAUUAAAUUAGACAUAAUACUUUGGCAUAAAAGGCUACGAACCUGUCAUGAAUAAAACAGAAAUACCCCAAGGCGGUAUUCGAACUCAGAUCGCCGAGAAUAUGUCAGAACAAACCACUGCACAAAGCACUAUCCACUAGACCAGCGAUAAUGAUGACUGAAUUCAUAAGAAAUGUAAAGUCAACUGUUCAGAUGUAAGAGCACGGCCACAAAGACUGAUAUUAGUGACGUAAGGAUAUUUAUAUAUCUAAAAUGACUGCAAAAAAUUAUAAUUUCGCUCACAUAAAUGUAAGUGGAUAUGACAGAAAACCACUUGGGGUCUCAAAAUCCUCUCGCGAUAUAAAUGUAACUUUCUACAAAUAAAUGCAGCAUCAUCAUCUACAGGAUCCUCUAUAAAAGUACUUGACAUUUUAGUCACUAAGACGAUCUAUGCGCAUAAGUAUAUCAUAUUAGCUUUACAAGUCAUUUCAAUUUACUGUUUUCAUUUUUUAGUUGAAAGUUUAGUGUAAUAUAUAAAAAUGUAAAGUAGUAAGUUAAAAUGGUUUGCACUGGCAAUUUAAUUAUAACUUAAAGACAACUAAAAACAUAUUUUACAGUGUACAUAAUAAAAAUGUGCGCAAUGAAUAAAUGUAUUAAAGCAACUAACAAGAUUAAACACCGCUACUCCUUUUAAAAAGCGGAGGAGACCACAAGAAACUCAGAGUUUUAUCUGCUUUCGACCAGGUUAGGUUCAGAGAGUAAGUUACUCCGGAAACAGACUCUGAGUAUAAAUUACCUCUCCUUCUGAAACAGGCUUGACUUACCCCGCUGUCUCAGGUUUAACCUACCUCCCAUUUUGAAACCAAAAACUUAGAGUUUGCACUUAACCACCUUUCUGAAACGGGCCCCUGGACUUGUUUUCUUGUGAAACGUCAACAGUCGCGGCCCAAGUACUGCUCCAAUUCACAUGAAGCCAAGUUCACAUAACAUCCCAGCAUGUGUUCUUGAUCCGCUCAUGUUAUUGAGGAAGGAUGCAUCAGGAGGUGACUUGUGUGGACUUGUAUCAGCCAAGUUUCCCAGACCUUCAAAUCUGUGGUCAGUUAGUAAAGAUAGGACGUAAUAUUUAAAUAUUUUCCUCUGACAAUUUUGGAUAUGUGAGUUCAAGUUGAUCAGUUUCAUCUCUGCAAAUCCUUCCGAAAUGUGCCGCUGACUCAGUGCAUCUGCUCUGCGUUUCAGUGUCUGAUGGUCAAACAUGAAAUAUUCCCUUUGGAUAUAUCUAACUGGCAUUUUUCUGUCUCAUCAAUUUAUUUCUCUUUAUUAUUAAUUUGAAGUCUGUUAUUUGUUAUUAUAUUUUUAACUGAUGUUAAAGUUAAGUUUUUUAACUUAAAUCACAUAUAUUUUCUAUAGAAUCUGAAUCACUGCCUUUGUACUUUAUCUAGAUAUUUUACUUGUGUUUACUUCAUCUU